AUGGAGGCGGCGCAGAGACCGGAGCCGAGACGGCUGCUGCUGGCGCUGCUGGCGCUUCUGGUGGGGUCCAGGCCGGGGGUCGGGGCCCCUCUUCCCUCCGGGGGGGAUGGCAGGCCGUGGCGGCCACCCCCCGCCUUGGCCCCGGCCUGGGCCCCGGCCCCGUGGCUGACCCUGCGGGACUGGACCCUGCGGCUGACGGGCCAACCGGGCCCGGAGCGGCCGGGCCCCACCGGGGGAGGCUGGGGCCCCGGGGCCAAGCGGAGCCUCGUGGUGGCCGACGACACGGUCUUCCGAGAGCGGGCCAAGCUGCUGACCGCCAUGGAGAGGCAAAAGUGGCUCAACUCCUACAUGCAGAAGAUGCUGCUCGUCAACGCGGCCUGA